UGACGUAUAAUCUAGUGGACGGAACGCUUCUUCAACAACUGCAGCCACCUUGGUAGCUCGCUAGCCAACAAAUUCGGAACAUUCAAGUUCUUUAGACAAUUUCGUGGUUAUUUGCCACUAUGAUUUAAACAUAGUUAUGUGGAAACAACUAGCUACCCCAUUAAAUGUAAUAUUUACGUUGUAAGUAGCUAGCUGGUUAAAUUAGCACUAGUCUAGUUGCUAAUGCUAACUAGCUAACAUCCCCGACCAUGAGCUUACUAAGCUACUCUCCUCCUGCUAAAGAAGAUGAGGCCUGCUGGACAGAGAAAGAAACUCUCGUGGAAGAGGAGGAUGUUACAAAACAAAAACAAGUAGAGGAUGAGACUGUUACAGUGAAAGAAGAAGAAGAGAAAGAAGUUUCAGUGAAAGAAGAGGAAGAUGCGUUCAGAGUGAAAGAGGAGGAGGAGGAUGUUACAGUAAAAGAAGAGGAGGCCGAGAAAGAGGAGGAUGCAGUUUAUGGAGUGAAAGAGGAGGAUGGGGAGAUGACCUUCACAUCCAUAAAGGAGGAGGAGGAAACUGGAUAUCUGGGCCCGGUUUCCCAAAGGCAGCUUAAGGCCAGUGGUUCUAACGAUGAAUUUAACCAUAAGGUGGUUUUUGGAAACCGGGGCCUGGUUAAUACUAAAGAGAGACGUGACUAUUGUGGGUCCUCUGGGGAGUCUCAACAACCUCAUGAAGCUGACAAGGCAGAUCAGAGUCUCUCCCAAUCAGAACACCUCAAGAAACACCAACAGAGACCCACCGGGAAGAAAUGUCAUUGCUGCUCUGACUGUGGGAAGAGAUUCAACUCUUCAGGAGACCUUAAAAUACAUCAAAGAAUUCACACUGGAGAGAAAUCUUAUGGCUGUGAUCAAUGUGGGAAGAGAUUUACUGAUUCAAGCAGCCUGAAAUCACACCAGAAAACACACACACGAGAUAAAUCCUAUAGCUGUUAUCAAUGUGGGAAAAGUUGUACUACAUCUAGCCAUCUAAUUGUACACCAGCGAACACACACAGGAGAGAAACCUUUUAGCUGUGAUCAAUGUGGGAAGAAAUUUACUGUGUCAAACUCCUUGAUGGUGCACCAGAGAAUACACACAGGAAAGAAAUCUUAUAGCUGUAGUCAAUGUGGGAAGAGUUUUACUCAACCAGAAAGCCUGAUUGUGCACCAGAGAAUACACACAGGAGAGAAACCUUAUAUCUGUUAUCAAUGUGGGAAAAGUUGUACGACAUCUAGCCAUCUAAUUGUACACCAGAGAACACACACAGGAGAGAAACCAUUUAGCUGUCAUCAAUGUGGGAAGAGUUUUGGUAAAUCUAGCCAUCUAAUUGUACACCACCGAACACACACAGGAGAGAAACCUUUUAGCUGUAGUCAAUGUGGGAAGAGUUUUAGUCAAUCUAGUGAUCUGACAGUGCACCAGAGAACACACACAGGAGAGAAACCUUAUAGCUGUGGUCAAUGUGGGAAGAGUUUUGUUCAAUCUGGCCAUCUGACAGUGCACCAGAGAACACACACAGGAGAGAAACCAUUUAGCUGUCAUCAAUGCGGGAAGAGUUUUGGUACAUCUAGCCAUCUAAUUGUACACCACCGAACACACACAGGAGAGAAACCUUUUAGCUGUAGUCAAUGUGGGAAGAGUUUUAGUCAAUCUAGUGAUCUGACAGUGCACCAGAGAACACACACAGGAGAGAAACCUUAUAGCUGUGGUCAAUGUGGGAAGAGUUUUGUUCAAUCUGGCCAUCUGACAGUGCACCAGAGAACACACACAGGAGAGAAAACUUAUAGCUGUGGUCAAUGUGGGAAGAGUUUUAGUACAUCUGGGUAUCUGACUAUACACCAGAGAACACACGCAGGGGGGAAACUUUGUAGCUGUCAUAAAUGUGACAAGAAAUUCUCAGAUAAAAGACUUCUGAUCAAACAUCAGAAAAUACAUACAUGAAGCAAUUGUUUCUUGAAAUCAAUGAAAUAUCCCACCUAGCAAAAUGCAAUUGAAAAGACAUUGAAAAGAAGACUAUGACCGAAGUCCAAAAUACGUUCGGUUUUAGUUGAAAGUUAAAAAUAUGUAUUUUCUGUGGGGUUUUUUAAUUACUUGAAAACGACUUAAUUUCAAUGUACUUGCAGCCUAUACACAUGGACGCAGUAUGAUAAAUUAGUCUGUCAUCAAUUUUAUUAACAAUCUGACAUCACUCCAGUAUUUCUUGACACAUUCAAAUGCUAAUUGUCUUUAUUCCACUACUGAAGAAGCAUGUCUCCAAUCACCCCAUAUUUCAAACAUUCAGCCUGACAAAAGAUACAUAUUUUAUUAUUCCAUGCCUCACCAUUAAGUGAAUUAUUGCCAAUACAUAUUAACAAAGGGGUAGUACAUUUGGUUUUGAUAUAUUUACAUUUCUUGUAACAGUUAGUAAUCAUAAUUAUUUAACUGACUAUUUUGGGUACAAUUAUAUUGACAUUGUUGCACUGUUUUUAGAAUAUCAGGGAUAAUUCUCAGAUGUUCCAACCCAAAUGUACUAGAGCAUGACAUUGGGGACUGGGCCCCCGAUCCUAUAACAUGCCUAUCGAGUGAACCCUGAAAAGAGAAAGAAGAUCCGCAGUGAGGGGGAAAGUUACUACGGAUAUUAAGGAGCUAGUUCUAGAAGCUAGUGAGUUUUAGGAUUCUAUAGAAAGAAAAAGGAGAAAAUAUAUUAUUUUAUAUUGUUAUUUAGAAGUGUUUUUUCUUGUUUUUAAUUGUUGACAGCCAGUAGACGCCAUGUUUAUAUUGGUGAAGCAUUGUAGUUGAUUAUAAUGUGAAAUGGAAGU